AUGGCGGAUUACUUUGGCUUCAGGGUACAGUAUGUGAUGAACAUUACGGAUGUUGACGACAAGAUUAUCCUCAGAGGCCGCCAACAAUACCUGCUCCAAAGAUACAAAUCAACUAGACCCAGUGACCUGUCUACCACUCUUCAAGCACUCUCAUAUCACCUCUCGAAAAACCUCCAAUACUCCGAUCCAAACGCAGCCCCUGUCAAGCUCGUAUCUACCCUACCUAAGACGUAUCAUGACAUUUUGAGCCGGGAUUCACAAUCAGACACAGAAGCAAAGACGAAAAUGCAUAUCAAGACGGCUCUGGCUGCAGCUGGCGCAUUGAAGAAUGUAGGAGCGGGCGGGAAACCAACAAAUGUGGACGAUAUUGCAUUGGAUGAAAUUCUGAUGCCUUAUCUUGAUCAUGAGGAGGGAAAAUCUGUCGAUGCUAAAGAUCACAGUAUAUUCACGGGUCUGACGCAACGAUAUGAAGAGAGGUUCACGAAGGACAUGCGAGAUCUGAAUGUCCUUGAUCCUGAUCAGCUUAUACGAGUCAGCGAGUCCGUGCCUCAAAUAGUAGAAUUUGUUGAAGGAAUUGAACGCAAUGGUUUCGCUUAUCAGACAUCCAAAGGCGUAUAUUUUGACGUGGAGGCAUUUGAGAAGGCCGACAACUACUAUGCACGUCUUGAGCCUUGGAAUCGAAAUGACGCUGCUCUUCAAGCUGAUGGUGAAGGUGCAAUAACAGGGAAAGAGUCCAAAGGAGAUCCUGAGAAGCGGUCGCAAGCCGACUUCGCGUUGUGGAAGCUGUCGAAGCCGGGGGAGCCAAGCUGGCCAAGUCCUUGGGGCGAGGGAAGACCAGGAUGGCAUAUUGAGUGCUCAGCGAUGGCCUCUGAAAAGCUAGGAAACAAGAUUGAUAUACAUUCUGGAGGUGUCGAUCUAGCCUUUCCUCAUCACGACAAUGAAUUAGCGCAAAGUGAAGCUUACUGGGUAGACAAAGCGCACAAACAGCAACACCAAUGGGUCAACUACUUUCUUCAUAUGGGUCAUCUAUCGAUAUCGGGAGCAAAAAUGUCAAAAUCACUGAAGAAUUUUACUACGAUACGUGAUGCCCUAACCCGUGGCGUUUGGACGUCGCGACAGCUUCGCAUAGUACUACUCCUCGGGUCAUGGAAAGAUAGUGUUGAGAUCACAGACGAGCUGAAGCAGGAAAGUGUCGCGUGGGAGGGAAGAGUAAACGAAUUCUUCAUUAAAGUCAGGAACUCAUUAGAAAGCGCAAAAGUGCAUCUGGAUCUUGACGAGCAAUGGAACAAGGAUCCUCUGGCACUCGCUAUUAUGUCUACAGACGCCCACUCACUAAGCCCACAAAAAGAGAAGUACCCAGAUCCUCUCGAAGUUUCUUUUCAGCAAGCGAAAGAAAAGGUGCACAAUGCUCUUGCUGACUCUUUCCACACCCGUAUUGUGAUGAGUAGUAUCCUAGAACUAAUUACGAAGUGGUAUUCUGCUGGUUCUAAUGUGCAGCCGCUUGUGUCACACCGUAUCGCACGAUGGAUCACUGCAAUUGUCAACAUGUUUGGACUCAAUGGUACAGCGAGACCGACCGACGUAUCGCUUGGAUGGUCUGGCCUGGACGUAUCGGAGAAUGCACGACCUGCUCUGGUAGCCAUUUCAAGUCUUCGAGACGAGAUUCGAGGAAAGGCUAAGAACGAGGGUGACCUUACCCUGGCUGAUAUUCAUGACGCCGUUGCGACUAGCAAGCAGCAGUCAAGUGUGCUUCGCCCCGACCAACCUUUCGCGGACGUCAUGGAAUUCUUCCAGACAUCUCUUGAGUCAAUUGUCGAUGAAGCUGGCCUUCAACUUCGUGUAUUACGAAUCGCUGACGAAAUUCGAGACAAAGCUCUUUUUGAUCGAGACAUUGACCUGGAGGACCAAGACGGCAAUAAGCCGGCCCUAAUCAAGCCCCUGACAAAGGAAAAACGCGAAGAGCGGAAAGCGAAGGAGGAGCGAGAGCUGCAGAAGGCGAAAGCGAAGCGGCAACGAGAAGCUGAAGCUGCUCAGAGGAAGGACCAGGGGAGACUGAAGCCUUCGGAUAUGUUCAAGGUCGGUGCCUACCUGGAUCAAUUCAGAGAGUGGGACGCCGCCGGACUCCCGACCAAAGAUAAGGAAGGCAACGAGCUGGCGAAGAGUAGAACAAAGAAGCUCAAGAAGGAAUGGGAGGCGCAAACAAAAAAGCAUGCUGCAUGGUUGAAAGAGCAAGGGACAUGA